ACGACGAAUCAACAGCACACGACUCUUGUUUUCACCACGCUUCCGAAUAACCACUACUUGUACGAUUCUACACUGAAUACUAUCCGCAAUCAUGGAGUUUGGCCGUGCCGGUGUGCUGAAUGAAGAUGGCAUUCAUGUCGAUAUGGAUCGGUUGAAGAAGGGCGAAGUCAACUUGGGAACCUCCAUUAUGGCUGUGACAUUCAAGGAUGGAGUUAUCCUGGGAGCCGAUUCGAGAACAACAACCGGCGCCUACAUUGCCAACCGAGUGACAGACAAGCUGACCCGAGUACACGACACCAUCUGGUGCUGCCGAUCCGGCUCAGCCGCCGACACACAGGCCGUUGCCGACAUUGUACAGUACCAGCUGGGCCUCUUUGCCAUGACUAGCGGCAGGCCCCCGAUGACACAAACGGCGGCCUCCAUUUUCCAAGAGAUUUGCUACGCCAACAAGGACAUGUUAUCAGCUGGUCUGAUUAUUGCGGGCUGGGACGAGCGAUUCGGUGGCCAGGUGUACUCUAUUCCUCUGGGAGGCUCAUUGCACAAGCAGGCAUACGCAAUUGGCGGUUCAGGGUCGACAUACAUCUACGGAUACUGUGACGCCAACUGGAAGGAGGGCAUGGAAGAGGAUGAGGCAGUCAACUUUGUCAAGGGAGCGCUAAGAGAGGCCAUCAAAUGGGACGGAAGCUCUGGUGGUGUUAUUCGCAUGGUUGUCUUGACCAAGAAGGGAGCUGACCGACACCUGUACCUACCGGAUACAGACUACAAGGUGCGACAUGAGUAGAGGAUGAUUGAUGACGGAGCCAGUUGUAGCCGUGGGUUAUAAUCCAUGAGCCCUUGCUUGAUAGCUUAGGUGAAGCACCCUGCAUGUGUCAGGAUUCGACAGGCCGACUGGGACUAGGCUUAAUAGAAACGAAAGAAAGACGGCCAAUGACCGCAGACUACUUUGGUAGAUAUUGGAUUCAGUUAAAGAUGUAUAGUGCGGGCACAUGCUUGCACCCUCAAGAGCAGGCGACUAGGACACGAAAUGCCUCACUGUAUCCCAAUGGCUAAAUGAAAAGAGAAUUGAAUCAAGCUAUUGCUGCUUUG